AUGCGAUUCUAUCACAUCUUUGCAUUUGCUAUUGCCAGCACUGUUAUGGCCUCCCCCGCGGCCAUUGCUGAAGUUGUUGAUGUCGACGUGCGAAGCACCGACAGUAAUGUGGCCGAGGCCUUUGAAUCACGCGAGGACAAAUGCUUGUACCGUUACUGCAAGACCGCCAAGGACUGUUGCCCAAGGAUGGCGUGCUACACAAAGAGUUCAUCUUGUGUUUACUGA